AUGGCGCAAGAAGUUGAGAUGGGAUUGGUCGUAUCCGAAGACCCACCAACUCCGGUCAACGCUGGAAAUAACGCCUGGCUCCUGACGUCAUCGGCCCUGGUGUUAAUGAUGACCGCUCCCGGGCUGGCCUUGUUUUACAGCGGACUGGUUCGAAAGAAGAACGUGCUGAGCGUGAUGAUGCAGUGCUUCUUCCUCAUGGGGCUGAUGACCGUGCUGUGGGCUCUUUAUGGGUUCUCUCUGGCAUUCUCCACCAGUCCGGCAGGCUGGGAAGCGUGGAUUGGCGGCACCGAGAACAUGUUCAUGCGCGGGGUUCAACCGUACUUCGACGAAAGCACGGGCAGUUCCGUGGUUCCUAUGUUCGACGAAGACUUAGGAAUUCCGACGCUCUCCUUCAUGGUGUUUCAGGGGAUGUUCUUCAUCAUCACCCCGGCACUCAUCUGCGGGGCGUUUGCCGAGCGAAUGAAAUUUAGCGCGAUGGUGAUCUUCACCAUUGUGUGGGGCACGGUGGUCUACUGCCCAUUGGCCCACUGGGUGUGGGGCGGUGGCUUCAUGGUUCACAACGGUGACUAUUCGCAAGAACUGGGAUUUGACACCGGUGCGAUUGACUUCGCCGGUGGAACGGUGGUGCACAUUAGCUCGGGUGUGUCGGCGUUGGUCUGUGCCUUGGUGCUCGGUUCUCGCCUCGGAUUUCGCUCGGAACCGAUGCCUCCGCAUAACCUGACCUACACGGUGGUGGGCGCCGCCAUGCUGUGGGUUGGGUGGUUCGGCUUCAACGCCGGAAGUGCUUUGGCCGCCAAUGGCGUCGCCUCCAAUGCUUUUGUCACCACGCACUUCGCCGCAGCCGCGGGCACCUUGGCCUGGGCCGGUAUGGAGUGGAUUCUACGGGGCAAACCCACGGUGUUGGGCGCUUGCUCGGGUGCCAUCGCAGGACUUGUCUGCAUCACUCCUGCGGCUGGAUUUGUGCUGCCGAUGCCGGCCAUCGGCAUGGGGGCCGCAGCCGGGGUUUUGUGCUUCCUGGCCUGCACCACGCUCAAGACAAAACUCGGUUACGACGAUUCGCUGGAUGCCUUUGGCGUGCAUGGAGUUGGGGGCACGCUGGGAGCCAUUCUUACGGGCAUUUUUGCCACGCAAGCUGUGGCCGGUGGUGAACGUCUGGGACUGGCUGAAAAUGGGGAUGUUUUCGGUGGUCAGGUGGCCGCAACUGUGGUCACUUGGGUUUUCGCCGCCGUAGCGAGCUAUAUCAUUCUAAAGGUCAUAGACCUGACAAUCGGGCUACGUGUUUCGCAGGCGGACGAAAUCGACGGCCUGGAUCAAAGCCAGCACGGUGAAGAGGGGGCGCAGGCUAACGGCAAGGAGUUUUCCAUGAAGAAGAUCGAGGCCAUUGUCCGCCACUUUAAACUGGAGGACCUGAAGAACGCUCUCACCGAGCAAGACAUCCACGGUAUGACCAUUACCGAGGUCAAAGGCUAUGGACGUCAGAAGGGGCACACCGAGAUGUACCGUGGGGUCGAGUACAAGGUGGAUUUCAUCCCUAAGGUGAAGCUCGAACUGAUUGUCUCCGACGCCGACGAAAAGAAGGCAAUCGAUACGAUUCUGCGCACUGCUCAAACUGGGCAAAUCGGCGAUGGAAAAAUCUUCGUCAGCGAUCUAGGCGAAGCCAUCCGCAUUCGAACCGGCGAACGCGGCGAAGAGGCCGUGUAG